CCCACGUCCGGGGUCAGGAGGUUUGAGGAAACAAAGGGCGCCCCGGGGUGCGAGGCCACAGUGGCCACACCCGCGGCGGAGCCCGGCGGACCGGGCGGACCGGCCCGCGCUCCUCGAUAGCGGGAGGCGGAGCUCAGCGCCCGCGCGCCCGCCCCGAGCGAGCCUGCGUCCGAGGGCUGUCCAGGCGCUUCCCGCCGGACGAGGAGGAGGAACCCAGGAAGGAUCACCGGCCGCCGCCCCCCGCCGCGCCAUGCUGCUCCUCCGAAGCGGCCUGACCAGGGCCCUGGCCGCGCGGACCCGGCCGCCUCAGGUGUGCUCAUCUUUUGCUACAGGACCUCGACAAAGCGAUGGAACAUUCUAUGAAUUUCGUACCUAUUCUCUUAAGCCUUCAACGAUGAAUCAGUUUUUGGAAAAUUUUAAGAAAAAUGUACAUCGCCGGACAGCUUACUCUGAAUUGGUUGGAUACUGGAGUGCAGAAUUUGGAGGCAGAGUGAAUAAAGCAUUUCAUAUUUGGAAGUAUGAUAAUUUUGCCCAUCGAACUGAAGUGCGGAAAGCCUUGGCCAAAGAUAAGGAAUGGCAAGAACAAUUCCUCAUUCCAAAUUUGGCUCUCAUGGAUAAACAGGAAAGUGAAAUUACUUACCUGGUACCAUGGUGCAAAUUAGAAAAGCCUGCAAAAGAAGGAGUCUAUGAACUGGUUACUUUCCACAUGAAGCCCGGUGGGCCAGCUGUAUGGGGUGACACAUUCAAAAAAGCAAUUAACGCCCAUGUCAUUCUAGGCUACUCAAAACUAGUUGGAGUUUUCCACACAGAAUAUGGAGAACUCAACAGAGUUCACGUUCUCUGGUGGCAUGAGAGUGCGGAUAGUCGUGCAGCCGGGAGACAUAAGGCUCAUGAGGAUCCCAGAGUCGUGGCUGCUGUUCGGGAAUGUGUCACUUACCUAGUGUCUCAGCAGAAUAUGCUUCUGAUUCCUACAUCGUUUUCACCAUUGAAAUAGUUUCCCACUGAAAUACAAAGCAUUUCAAGAACUAUCUUAAGAUGUGUCUGCUAAUGGUACUUAAAUACUUCCAUGGGCGUCUCUUAUUUGAAGAAGGUGGUAAGUUAAUUCGCUAUGUGUCUGCAUUUUUAAAGCCACCUCUGUUCUUUGUCAUUGCCACCUCAGAAGGUAGCUCUGUUCAUUGUCCCUCCCCGUGGCAUUUCAGUAACUAUACUAUAGAAAUAGUUGCCACUAUUUAUGACCUUGAUUAUCCUUUUUUUCCAAAAUAUCUCUUAUUCUCUAUUUUGAUGACCCUUUCCUUUAUAGCAUUUUCUUAUACUUAAAUGAUGUCUCUACAUUUCUAUGCCUGAUAGAAUUUUAAAAUUAUUUACAUGCAAUGUCUGUAUUUUCAACAUGUCUGUUUUUUCUGGGAUUUAAAAAAAUAUUUUGUCCAGUAAAAUUUAUUUUGUAAUAGCAAAUGGGAUUCGUAAGAAUAUCAGAUCAAAUGUAUUUCCUUACCUUGGGAAAGUGCAGUAUCAUUGUGUCAUCUGUAUCAAUUAUGGUUUUCACAUUAAUUGUUGGUCACUCUGAUUUGGAAAAUAAUGUAAUUCUCAAUGUUAAAA